CUCCUCAACUAAACAUUAUUGUCUUACCACAUACAGCCCACCUGGUUCAAUUCUUGUAAGGUCUUGAACUUUGCUUGCAGCAAAAUGGCCUCUUCAAAAUGUUUCCUUUUGGCUUUCUUCAUUGCAUUGUCAUUUUCGAACGUCGAGGUUAGCCUGGCAGCUCGAAAGCUUCAGCAAUUGCCACCUUUGACUCCAAUACCAACUCUGCCUGGAGCAGGACUGCCAUCAUUCCCUUCUAUCCCCAGUCUGCCACAGCCCACACUUCCAACCUUGCCAACUACUCAACCAUCUUUGCCAAAUCUUGGAACACUUCCUCCACUUCCUAGCUUGGCAAACUUGCCUUCUGUCCCAAAGGUGACUCUGCCUCCAUUGCCAAGCAUGCCUUCAAUCCCCACAAUCCCAACCACGAUUCCCUCUAUUCCUUUCUUGUCCCCACCUCCCGCACCCUCUAGCCCAUGAGUUUGUUCAUUUCACAUCCAGCAUUGAAUAAAGUUUGUACCCAUAUAUACGAAUGGUUUGAUUUGAUAUACAGUUGCAUGUCUCUCUGAUUUAUAGUUUUAUACUUGUUUUCUUGUAUCUUGGGAGGUGUGGUUUUAAGGAUUUCUUCUUUUUCCAUGUGGUUUAAUGUGAAAGUAGUGUCAGUGUGGGGGUUUUCUUCUAUUAAUGGCAGUGCUUGAGUUACUCCUGUAUUAAAUAAAAUGUAGUUC